AUGACUGCCUAUACUCAACUGUUGCUUGUAGCAUUUAUUGCUCUCUUCUUUAUUCAAUUCAACGAAGCAUUGCCUGCAUCCGACUCUGCCCUCGAAGAACGCUGGAAGGAUCCAUACUAUUACUGUUGUUACUACUACUAUAAUGAUAAGAGUGACAAACGGGGUCUUGAAAGAAGAUGGGAAAACAAAUGUGAUGAAUACAAACCAGACAAGAGAGGUUUAGCUGAACGAAAUGAUGAAUUGGUUAAACGUUGGGGCAAGCCAUCCUACUACUGCUGCUACUAUUAUUACGAUGAAGACUCCAAGAAACGAGGAUUGGAAGCACGCAGCUUGGAACAACGCUGGGAUGAUAAUUGCAAAGUCAAUAAGCCCGACAAGAGAAGCGAGAAACGUUGGGAUGAAUGUAAACCAGAAAAACGUGGUUUAGAAAAGAGGUGGGAUCCGUACUGUUGUUGUUAUGAAUAUGAAUAA